CCAUAGCUUGACAUCUGCUGGUGCUUGUAUUGUAUUUGCUGGAUUUCAUUCACAGUCACUGUAUCUCAUUUUCAUUGAUGGUGCUUUAUCAAAACGUCUUGUGGUUAAUCAUCGAUCCAAUGACGGUCAUUAGUCAAGAUAAGGGGAUUCAGAGUUUCUGACUGGACUGGAUAGUGUGAUAUUUUGAUCCAUAAUCUUCUGUGAUUUUCUUUCUUCGUCAGAGUCCAUAGAAAAGCUAUUUUUUGGAGAUUAUGGCUUGCUGUUCUGUCUUUUGAGUUUGUUUGAAACAGAUAUUUUGACAUAUCAUCUGUGCUUGUUUUGAUUUUGGAAAUAUAUUCAGCAUCUCAAAUUGAGGAAGAAGUUCACGAACUGGAUUUGUUCCAUGUGCAGUUGGAUACUUGGGGCUGAUCAAAUAUUUGGAUGGGAAAUCGGUUGGCAAACAGUUCUAUUGGGAAAUGUCUCUGGCUUGUUUUUCCUGUGAGUGCUGCAGAAUACAAUGAAGAAUCAUGGGAAAUUCUCUUCAUGUCCAUCGAGCGAAAAAUCCAUCUCUCAGUUUUAGAUUGAAUUUCGGAAAGCUAACCUGAAUUGCAUGACAUAUUCUAGGGAAUGUCGGGGGAGAGUUUCACCAAGCUAAAUGGCACAAGGAUGAGAAAUAUUUGAACCAUGCUGUUUAUUUCAUGCCCUCUUGAUCUCCAAAGAUCACAACCGUCUCAAGUAUCAAACUACCAGCGCUCAGCAAACUACCAGAAUAACUUGGCAGAGACAUCAGGUGCAACAUAAACUCCACAAGAGGGCCGGAUCAUGAGUCUAAUUUGCAGAAAGUAUUUUUUUUACCCUACUUUGUGAUUUGAGUUUCUGAUAUAGAAGGAGUUUAACUCAAGCUAGUUCACAUAUAUAUACAGAAUGGAUAAGGAAUGGUGAAUAAAAUGAUUGUUAAUGACUUCCAGACUUCCAGGCCAGCCAAAAGAACGAUGUAGCAGUGAACUUGAAAACUUGAAGAGUGUCACAACCAGGCUCACAGCAUGUAUUCAUUCUAUUUUGAGACAGAUUUUGAGACAGAUGUUGUAGAUUUUUUGAAUUGUCUGAUAGCUUACUCUUCAAAUCUGCCUAUCUUAAUUUUCAGAUCAUGGAGCAGAGAAAAACGGUAGCAAAUACGUUUAAGCUGAAAGAGAAUCAAAUACAAUUAUGUUUGUUGAGUGUGUACAUGUGCAUAUUAAACACACCCUUCAGUCGUCAAUGAAAAAGGAUUUGUUUGAUGUGAUAGCAAGGCCAAAGACCACAUUGACUAACGAUAUCAAAUAUGUAUGUUUGAAGCAUCAAAGUACAUUCAUGACUUGUGGAUGUGUACAAUGUAUGCAGAGUUGCAGACAUGACUGUUGCAUUUGAAUUUGAAUGUAUUGCAAUGUUGAAAUGAAGACAAGACUAAAGGACUGCAGUAAUGCAAUUAUGAGGAAAGCUCAUGAAUUAAGAAAGUCAGGGGAUGCCCUGUCUCUGCCUGUAAUAUCAGUGAACUCAGAGUUCCGGUUGGGUCGAGACCCGGGCCAGAGCUAUCGGUCUGCUUUCCAGCAGGAUUACCCAGCCAGCCAGCAUGCCUUACAUAGCAGCAGACGCUCCAGCCAGCCUGUAUCAGCUGAAUCCCAGCAAGACCAUUCACUGUCAGCAUCCUAUGGAGGUCACUCCGACUCCCGCACCCCUCGUCACAGGCAGGUACACCACCCUGCCACUGCUUUCGCCACCCAGCUGACAGACCUAGACCCCACCAACUACCACCAGCCUGCCCCGCCCAGGGGGGAUGAUAUGCCCUCCGUCUACACCCAGUCCCACUCUCACUCGCACCCCUCCCACUCUCACGGAGCCACACGGCAGAUCCAGAGCGCCGGGUCGGUCCAGUCGCGCCAGGUCAAGCCUACGUCGUAUGUCCCAGAUGAGAGUCCAGAUGAACAUGAACCAUCUUCAGACUUGGGUUCUCCAACACAGCCUACAUGUGCUUUCCGCACUUUCAACUCAGGUGACCGAGUGUUGUUCACUGAAUCCCCCUCCCUACCUGGUGUGCCUGUGGUCUACAGAACUCAAGAAGAGAAGAGCCUGAACCCUGAUAGACUCAACCUAGACAGGAGGAAACUGACCCAGUGCCCUCUCCUGGAGGGAGAGGAUCAUCUGAGAUUGCUCAACUUUCAGCACAACACCAUCAGGAGGAUAGAACACCUAGCAUCACUCAGGAGACUCAUCUUUCUAGACCUCUAUGAUAACAGGAUAGAGGCCAUCUCAGGGUUGGACACCAUGAGGUCCCUAAGGGUUCUAAUGCUUGGCAAGAACAGAAUCCAAAAGAUAGACAACCUUACCAACCUGGUCAAGCUAGAUGUGUUAGAUCUCCAUGGCAACCGCAUCAGUAAGGUGGAGAACAUAGAUCACCUGCAGGAGCUACGGGUUCUCAACCUGGCUGGGAAUGAGAUCACCCAUGUGGACAGUCUCUGUGGGAUGGAUUCACUCACAGAACUCAACCUCAGAAGGAAUAAGAUCUCCACCGUGACUGAUGUUGACACAUUGCCAAGCUUGCAGAGGCUGUUUCUCAGUUUUAAUCUCAUAAUGAAUUGGGAUGAUAUAUCUUGCCUAGCUGACUCCACAUCCCUAAUUGAAGUAUCUUUAGACGGCAAUCCUUUUUGCCAAGAGGCCUCCUACAAAUCUAUAAUCCUCCGGAACAUGGGUUAUCUCAAACAGCUAGACAUGAAGAAAAUCUCUGAGGAAGAGAGAAAGGUAGCCUUGACUGUGGUAAAGAAGGAAGAGCAGAAAAAGAGGGAGGUCAACAGAGUAGCAGUACUCAAGGAGAAACGAAGGCUUGCCAUCAAGAAUGCAGCUAGGCAGUGGGAGACAUCAAUGAGCACCUCGUUAGCCAAGACAUCCCGUCUCCAGCCGGCUCCACUCUAUGGGGGAGGAGAGAUGGGAGGAGGCAGUGGUCUGGCCACGCCUAACGAUAGCAGACCAGGGUCAAGUGAAGGAGGUUCAGACCGAGGUCAUUCAGUUGACCUGUUAGAUGGAAGAAGGAGUCAGGACUCCAGCCGACCUUCGACCCGAUCAGACUCACGGCAGAGGAAGCUGCCCACCCCAGAUCUUCUUGCCAACAUCACAACGGAUGAGGUGUGUCACCUGGCUGAGCUGGAUGGGGACACACUGCACCUGUACGGCUCAGGAUCACUAGAUGCUCUGGAUAAGAACUGGGGUGUCCAGGCCGCAGGGUCUAUCAGUACCGUCUCUAUCAAGUUUGUGGACUUCAACAAGGUUGCAAGGCAUCUGCAAAAGAUACGUCUCAGGUUUCCUAAUGUCUCAAAUGUUAAUUUUGGCGAGUGCAAUAUAAGUAACCUGGUGCAGCUGAAUGCCUUAGCAUCCCUGAGGAGAUUAGAUACCCUGACCAUCUCCAAACAAGGCAAUCCUAUCACUAGCUUCGUUCUCUGGAAACAGUACCUACUCUUCAGACUGGCUCACCUUAAUAUCAAGAAGAUCAACGGUCAACCGGUGAUACAGACUGAUCAGCAUGGAGCUGAGAAAUACUUUGGUCUUCUUGCUAAGCUGACGUCUGAAGAACUCUCCCACUCCCGUCUUCAGAUCUUAUUAGGGGAUAGCCGUCGGAGGAUCACACAGCCUCUUAACGAGCUCGAGCUUAAGGCUCGUCGUCAGCUUACGUCCGAACAGCCUAGCUCCUCAGAGAAUGCAGGAAAAGCAGGCUUGGUGUUUCUGUCGUCAGAGGGGCUAGCUAGUCUGCAACAAGAGAGAUUGUCCAAGUCUGACCUGGCCAGUACCUACAUCCAGCAACUGACCUCAGAGGCCGUCGAGGCUAACCGUAAGGUGACCAGGCUAGCCCAGAUCUGGCCCAAGAUCUUCAUUGGCAUGGUCCACAAAGCCUUGCUGGACAUGGCUGAUCUAGAGACCUACCAACAAAGGGCACUGGAGCGCUUCAAGAACAGCUGAUCAACAGCACAUACAUGCAAGAUUAUAUGUGGGACUACAUACUUACCUCUUUACUGGCUUUACUCAACUGAUGGAACAAACGAUGGGCUGCCACUGUAUACUUUUGUCACAUGUACAUGCACAUUGUUUAUGUACUGUAUGGUCAGGGGUAACUUUUCAAAUCAUGCUUUGAUAUCAGCAAAGGAGAUUUGAUUGGCCUAUUCUAUGUAAAAAAUGUGCCCUGAUGUUAGAAAAAGUGGUCAAAUUGAAUCCAUCAACAACAAUAUGGUCAUUUCGGUCACUCCCCCCCCCCCCCC